UAAAACCCAAAAUAGAUUAUGUACAAAAAUAUUUGACUGUAUUUUUAUAACAAUUCAAAGUGAUAGUAAAAUGGUUUACAACUUCAAAGGAGAAAUAGAGGGCAUUAAUAAAAGUCAACUCGAAUUCAUAAGUGAAGUGCUAAAAAAACAGAAGUGUCAUGGAAUAGAAGUUUCAGUAGCCAACGUUGGAAAGAUAGGAGACAAUUAUGGUUCACAUAUCAAAAGAUUCAAAGCAGUUUUAAAAGAUGGUGAAGAAUUUCAAAUGAUAGCAAAAAUUGCACCUAAAACUAUGAUACUUAGAGAUGAUAAGAAUAUAAAUGAUAUAUUCAUGAACGAAAUUGUCAUAUUUAACGAAUUACUACCGAAAUUUAGAGGACUACAAAAAGAUUAUAAUAUACCAGAAGAAGAUAUAUAUAAAUAUCCCUUUUGUUAUGGAACUCUAGAAACAGCAGGAAAUGAAAUGAUUCUUCUAGAAGAUUUAAAUGUGUCCAGCUAUACGAUGUUAGACAAAACUAAGCCCUUAAAAAAUGAGUAUGUAAAAACUGUUCUUAAGAAUCUAGCAAAUUUUCAUUGUUUAUCCUAUGCUUUGAAGAAUAAGGAACCGCAAAUGUUUAACAAAUUUAUAGGAAGAUUAGUAAAUGCAACUCUUAAUUCAAAAUCUAUAAAUGAAACAGAAAAAUUAUUCGAGAAAACUUUAAACGAUUUACUAAAAAUAUUUGAUGAUAAUAAAUAUAGAUAUAUAAUAAACGACGUAAUGCAAAAUUUAAUCAAAUCUUGGAUACAAUUUAUAAUGAGUGAUUCAAGUUCAAAAUACAGUGUAAUCCAUCAUGGCGAUUUGUGGACUAACAAUAUUAUGUUCCAGAUACAGAAUAAUCGCCCACUUGGAUGUAUACUCAUAGAUUACCAGCUCUCUCGAGAUAGCCUUCCAGUUUCUGAUAUCCAUUACUUCAUAUUUAGUUGCACCGAUUAUGAAACUAGAUCCAAGCACUAUCAUGAAUGGAUAGAUUACUAUUAUUCGGAAUUAGACAAAUAUUUGAAUUAUUUCGAUCUUAAAGCGGAUUGUAUAUAUCCUAGAUAUAAUUUCAACGCUGAUUUGAAACUAUACGGCAAAUAUGGAUUGGGCAUUGCUUUCGUAAUGAUGAAUUUCUUGUUGGGACAAAAACAUGAAGCAAAUACAACAGAAGUUAUAUGUACAAACGGUGUACCAGAUAAUGUUAAAAAAGGAAAAUUUUUAAAUGAGAAUUUAAAAACAAUUAAAGAUCGUAUUGAAGGCCUUAUUAAAACCUCUUUAGAGUACGGAUAUAUAUCUUAUAACCUAGAAGCAAACAAUUAAAAAAGUAUAUCAAGAUUUC